AUGAUUGUGACUUCUAUAGAAGUUUUCAUGAAUGACUUCUCGGUCUAUGGUGGCACUUUCGAUCAUUGCUUAACCAAUCUUGAUAGGAUGCUAAAGAGAUGCAUAGAGACAAACCUAAUGUUGAAUUGGGAAAAGUGUCACUUUAUGGUGACGAAAGGGGUAGUGUUAGGUUAUAAGAUCUCUAGAGAGCGGAUAGAGGUAGAUAGAGCAAAGAUAAAUACUAUUAGCCGAUUGCCUCCACCCACUAGUAUUAAAUCGGUCCGUAGUUUCCUUGGUCAUGCAGGUUUCUAUAGGCGCUUGAUUAAGGAUUUUUCAAAAAUCACUCGCCCCAUGACCCGACUCCUCGAAAAAGGCAUUCCGUUUGUCUUUGACGAGGAGUGUCUUAAAGCAUUCGACUUUUUGAAGGAGAAGCUGGUUAGUGCUCCGAUCCUUGUCUCGCCCAAUUGGAGCUUACCCUUUGAGCUCAUGUGCGAUGCAAGUGACUACGCCGUCGAAGCGGUGUUGGGCCAAAGAGUCGAUAAACAUUUCCAUCUGAUCUACUAUGCGAGCAAAACGCUAAAUGAUGCUCAAGAAAACUACACCACCACGGAAAAAGAACUUUUAGCCGUAUUCGACAUAGAGAUUAGGGAUAAGAAGGGAGCGAAAAACGUAACGGCCGAUCAUUUGUCACGAUUAGAGGAUCCCAAUAGAGAGGAGAUUCAUGAGGAUGCAAUAGGGGAUAUGUUCCCUCACGAGUCCAUAGAUUUAAUAGUGGCCGAAAUAGAGAGUUUACCUUGGUUUGCUGAUUUGGCAAACUAUUUAGCAUCCGAGGAAUUGGUGAAGGGAAUGACUACUCAACAGAAAUGGAAAUUAUAUAGAGAUGCUAGGAAAUAUAUUUGGGAUGAUACGUAUUUGUUCAAGAUAGGUAAUGAUAGAGUCCUUAGGAGGUGCGUUCAUAGGGAAGAAGGUUUAGAUAUCUUAAGACAUGUGCAUGAAGGAAUGGUGGGAGGUUAUCAUGGGCCCCACGUUACCGCCCAAAAGGUAUCCGAUUGUUGGUUCUAUUGGACGAUUGUUGCCAAAGAUACCCAAGAUUUCGUCAAAAGAUGUGAUGCUUGCCAACGUACCGUCAAUAUCUCAUCCAAGGAUGAGAUUCCCCAAAACCCCAUUCAAAUUCUAGAAAUUUUUGAUGUUUGGGGCAUUGAUUUCAUGGGACCAUUCCCUGCCUCUAGUGGGAAUAGGUACAUCCUCGUGGCGAUCGAUUACGUUUCAAAGUGGGUGGAAGCCCAAGCUCUUCCCACGAACGAUGCCCGAGUAGUGGUGAGAUUCCUUAAGAAGUUGUUCACUAGAUUAGGUACCCCUAUAGCCAUCAUCAGUGACCAUGGCACUCACUUUUGUAAUGCCGUCAUGGAAAAGGCGUUAGCACGCUAUGGGGUCACUCAUCGUUUUUCCACCGUUUACCAUCCUCAGAAGACCGGUCAAGUCGAAAACGCAAAUCGUGGAGUUAAACGUAUUCUAGAAAAGACCGUAGGGAAGUGUCGGAAGGAUUGGUCUGAUAAGUUAUACAGUGCAUUGUGGGCGUUCCGCACUGCAUAUAAAACACCUUUAGGAACCACCCCAUUUAUGAUCGUGUAUAGAAAAGCGUGUCAUCUUCCUGUUGAAUUAGAACAUCAUGUGUUAUGGGCUUUGAAAACCGUAAACCUAGACCUAACUGAUGCUAGGAGAAGAUACUUUCAGAUUCAUGAGUUAGAGGAUCUUAGGGAGGCGGCAUACGCUCGUUCGUGGAGUAUCAAAGAAAAGGCGAAAGUUUUGCAUGAUAGGAAGCUUAAAGGUUUAAAAGAGUUCAAAACGGGAGAUCAAGUGCUUCUUUACAACUCCCGUUUGAAAGUUUUUGGUGGGAAGUUGAAGUCCAAAUAG